AUCUGGCCUUCAAUUGAUCAUGCUAGAGUGUCGUUUUUGUUAUCUGGAGCUUUGCGACACUUAGGGCUAGCUUAAGCAGACCAUGCCGACGACGGAGGAACUUCUAGACGCUAUUGAGCGUGCAUGUACUGUCGGUGCCCAAGAAGAGAAUGAGGAAGAGCCUUACAAACAUAAAUAUGAAGCUGCGGAUCUGAUCAAGCGUGUCCUUGGGGAGCGCGGGAUUUUGGCUUCGGCGCCUGUUGUCGAUGGAACUGGCAAGGACAGCUCAGGCGACUCCCCAGCGGCGCAAGAGUCAUCCCACCCAACUGUUAAAACGGAUGAUAAUGGUUCCUCUCCCAGCACCAGCGAGGUACCCGAAAAGCCAUCGCAUCUGGAGCUCGCGACCGCAGCAGCCCGCAUCCGCUGUGGCCUCAUUCUCCUAGAUACCGACCUCCUAGCAGAUGGCGAAGCCAGCAUCCUGGCUGGCCUGCCGCUGCUCGAGACUUCUCCUGACACAUUCCUGGCAUGGCUUCUGGAGUCGUACAAUGCCCUAGGUGCACUAUACAGCCAGCGCGGCGAGCUGCAGCGCGCCCUCUCCCUGCUCCAACGCGCCGAGGCGCUCUACCAGCGGAUCACCGGCACCGGGACGCGGCACGCGCACCUGCCCCACCUGCCGCUGGCGCACCUGCAGCAGCAGCAGCGGCAGCAGCAGCAGGGUGAGGGUGAGGGGAAGCAGCAGCAGGAGGAGGGGACGCAGGAGCAGCAGCAGGUUGAGUCCCGUCCUGGGGGGGCGCCCCAAGAAGUUGGGGAGCAGGGACAGCAGCAGGGACCGCAGGAGCAAGGCGCCACCACCACCUCUAGCCAGGGUGAGGCCACUGCCACCGAAGACGCUGCUGCUGCUGCUUCUGCGGGUGCUAGUGCUGCAUCGGCAGAACCGGUGGCACCGGGUCAGCCUGACGCCGCUGAGGCAGCCGCCACCACCUCCGACAGCCCUGAUGGCGCGGAUGGCGGUGCGGCACCCACCGCAGCCGGUCAAGAAGGGCAGCAGCAGCAGCAGCAAGAGGAGCAGCCUGCACACUCGUCGCAGCAGCACCAGCAGCAGCAGUCGCCUGCCGUACACUCCCAUCUGCCACGCAACGACGACGCUGCCGUACAAUCGCAGUACACCUCCACCCUGUUCUACCUGGCCCAGGUGUACGGCCACCUGCAGGUGGCGGACCGCUCCGCGCUCUACUGCGCUGCCACGCUGUACCGCCAGCUGGCCACAGGCACCUACGAGCUGGACACCUGGGUCAACAAUUGCCUGCAGCUGGGCGGCUACUACGCCAAGGUGCACGCCUUCGGACUGGCGCUGUACUGCCAUGCGGCGGCGCAAGCGGUUGCGGAUCGCGACACAGCUGCGGGGGCGCAGCUGGGGGAGGACAUCGCGGCGAACAUCAAGCUGGCCACAGCCCGGGUGUACAACAUGCGACUAGCCGCCAGCCACUCCCAGCACGUGGAGGGCAAGCAGCUGGAGAUGCACUACCCGGAUGUGUCGUACUUCCCGGACUACCUCAGGUUCCCCGGCCUUGCGGUCCCCUCCCCUGACUCCUUCCCUUGGGGCCCGGCGGCCCUGGCAUCCAACUUCGAGGCAGCUCGGGAGCUGUUCAACACGGGCAUGCCGUACUUCAAGUCCGCUCUGUCGUACUACCAGCUGGACGGCUGGGUGACGGAGCACGUCAACAUCCUGAUGGACAUGAGCAACAUGUACCGCUGCCUGGCUGGUUUCGAGGCCGACCUGCCCCGCUGCGCCGCCAUGCACCGCUGCCGCGCCCAGCUGCUGGAGCCGCUGUCGGGCGGUGCGCUCAACCCCGCCUUCUACCCGGGGCUGGCGAGGUCGGUGGAGCUGGAGCUGGCGCACGUGUGGCGGGAGGUGGCGGAUUUGCGGGAGGCGCAGGGGGGGCAGGGGAGCAAGGUGGUUGCCGCCGCCACGUCAGCAGUCAAGUACUACAACCGCUUCCUGCGCUCCUUCGUCAGCUCCGAAACCGGCCAACUGCCGGAUCGAGUGGACCCCGACAACGAGCCCUACUUCCUCAUGGCCUCAUUCGGUCUGGGGCGCAUGAUGCACCG